GACCAGAAGUAUAAAAGACAACGGGGGCACAAUUUUGGUAUUCAGUUCUCUGCUGAACUAGCAAGCAACCCUUCGUAUGUGUAUCACGAUGAAACCAUUGUUACUUCUGUCGAUCUUAGUCCUUGUGGCAGUGGCGGUAAACGCAGAGGCCAAGGAGAAGAAGGAAUCGACUGAGAAGAAGCAAACUAAACGUGGAUUACUCAGCUUAGGCUACGGCUAUGGUAGCGAUAUCGACCAUGGGUAUUCUGUAGGAGAAGGUGGUUACGGAGGUCUUUCCUAUGGAGGACAUGGAGGAGGUUAUGGUGGAUAUGAUUUAGAUUCUGGAUAUUAUGGUAAUGGUUUACAUGGUAACUAUGAACCGAUUUUCUUGGGAUCUCAAGCGCACGUUGAAAAAACGAUCACAGUCGUAAAAGGCGUACCAGUACCGUAUCCAGUCGAAAAACACAUUCCUUACCCAGUAGAAAAACACGUCCCAUAUCCCGUCAAAGUAGCAGUACCACAACCUUACCCCGUUGAAAAACACGUACCGUACCCAGUCAAAGUUCCAGUCCACGUCAAAGUUCCAGUCCCACAACCCUACCCAGUUGAAAGAAUUGUCCACGUUCCCGUCAAAGUACCAGUUGACAGACCUUAUCCCGUUAAAGUUUUGGUACCCCAACCUUACCCAGUUAUCAAACACGUUUCCGUCCCAGUUAAAGUACCCGUACCACAACCCUACCCAGUUGAAAAACAUAUCCCAUAUCCAGUAAAAGUACCUGUGCAUGUGCCCCAACCCUACCCAGUGUACAAAGAAGUUCCAGUUCCAGUUAAAGUACCCGUUGACAGACCAUACCCAGUUCAUGUACCUCAACCCUACCCAGUACAUGUAGUCAAGAACGUACCAGUACCAGUAGAAAAGCCCGUACCUUAUCCAGUUAAGGUAGCCGUGGAGAAACCUGUGCCAUACCCAGUAGAAAGACCUUACCCAGUCCCAGUUAAGGUACCAGUACCAGCUCCAUACCCAGUAAUCAAACAAGUACCAUACCCAGUUGAAAGACCAGUAGCCUACCCAGUUAAAGUACCAGUAGACAGACCCGUACCAUACCCAGUAGCCAAACCAGUACCUUAUCCAGUUGAAAAGCCAGUACCCUACCCAGUUAAAGUACCAGUAGCAGUACCAGUCCAUGACCAUGGAUAUGGAGGUGGUGAACAAGGAUACGGCCACGGUGGUGGUGACUACGACGGUGGAUACUCUGGCGGAUAUGGCGAUUAUCAUUAAAUUUGAAAAAAAAUCUGAGUGAUUCACACCGUGUGUGCAGUAAUUCUUUGGUUUUCUUGAGCUACAGGAAUUAGUUUUUCUAAAAAUAUUUUCGAGUAGGUAUACUUAGACCAAAAAAAAAUGAUAUUUGUUGGAAAAUUUUCUAUUGAUGGUUACCAGGGACUUGCUAGUUUUUUGCAGUAAGGUUUUUUUUAGUUGUUUUAUUGUAAGUAAGGGUAUAUUAUAUGGUUGUAUAUAUUCUAGAUUCUUACCUUAUUUUUGUUGAAUUUUUCCAACGAGUGUCAUUAUUAAGCUAACUUAAAAAUAGUUUUUGUAGCUCUUACUUUUGCUGUAUAUGUGUUCUCCUUUCUAAUUUAUACUUACCUCCUUCUUCUGUGAACAGAGCUGUUAUAUUUUUUUAUGUUUCCCUUGUUCUUUAUUUA